AUGAACGCGUUUCUGUUGUUUUGCUUAAUAUUCCUCACGGGAGUAACCGCUCAAACUCGGCCAACCUUAACUACUCCCUCCGGUCAGAUACAAGGCACUGUAGAGUCGUGCGGUACAUUUUGUUCGUACUAUUCCUUCAAAGGUAUUCCCUACGCGAGCCCACCUGUGGGAGCUCUUCGUUUCCGGAACCCAGUUGCGCACCCAGGAUGGAGCGGAGUGCGCGAUGCGAGCAAGCACGGCUCUUUUUGCCUCCAUUUCGAUCAACAGACCUUCACCACAGUCGGGGAAGAAGACUGCCUGUUCCUGAAUGUGUAUACGCAGGAAUUGAUUGGACAACGUCCGGUGAUGUUUUGGAUUCAUGGUGGUGCCUAUAGUUCUGGGUUUGGUGACUCUGAUGUUUUCGAUCCACAGAAACUGGUCAGAGAAGGUGUAGUUGUUGUGACCAUUAACUACAGGCUUGGAGCAUUAGGUUUUCUCAGUACUGGCGAUGAACAUGCUCAAGGAAAUUGGGGUCUAAAGGAUUGCAUUGAAGCAUUGCGUUGGGUGCAAAAAAACAUUGCUGCAUAUGGUGGCAACCCAAGCGAAGUGACCAUAUUUGGAAACUCCGCUGGAGGUUCAUUGGUACACUUCCUGUAUCUUUCUAAUAUGGCAGAUGGAUUAUUUCACAAAGCGAUAUCUCAAAGUGGAACCGCAUUGGCCACGUUUGCUUUCCAAGCUAACCCCAAGUUCUAUGCGCAAAGGAUGGCAAAUAUUUUCGGCUUCUCGAGUGACAGUGCAGUUUACGUAGACCAGCUGAGAAGCCUGCCAGCAGAAAGUUUUGUUCCAUUUCAAGAGCUCUUGUACACAAUUCCUGUUCCGAGAUAUUUACGACCUUUGGAUUUUGCACCUACAGCCGAACCUGCCAGCGCUCCUGAACCAAGGGCAUUGACAACAGAUCCAAUGACUUUAAUGCGAUCACGACAGCACACUGUCCCCUUCCUCGUUGGAUAUAACGACUUUGAAGGUUCCUUCUUCACUGUAGUGGAGUUUUUGGUUGACCAAACCGUUCUUAAUCAGUUCAAUGCAAAUACUGAUUUGUUUGUACCAUUUUACUGGAACAUCAACGCCGGAUCACCAACUUCUGCGGCAGUGAGCAAUGCAUUCAGUCGACAUUAUUUCAAUUAUCAGCCAUUGUCUCUUAACCUGUUCUUCGAAUGGAGUCAUUACUACGGGGAUCAUUUAUUCCUAUUCCCGAUUCACUACACAGCUCAAAUUCAUGCCCAGGGUCAGGCACCGGUUUACUACUACCAGUUUUCGUACGAUGGAGAUUUGAACUUGUUUAAAAAACUGCUCGCCAUAACAGACCCCGGAGCGACUCACACCGACGAGUUACCAUAUUUCUUUGAGAUGGCAUAUCAAAUGGGUGCCGAUAUACCGUCGAACAGUCAUGCACGCACUGUCAGUGAUCGAAUGAUUCGAAUGUGGACUAAUUUUGCAAAGCACGGUAAUCCCACGCCUAGUUCGGAUUCCCUAUUGCAGAACACGAUCUGGCCUACGAUACAGGAAGGUGCUAAUGGGGUUACAAUGUUGGACAUUGGACAGAAUCUGGUGAUAACGGAUGCAUCAAAAUCAGAUGUAUUCAUGCUGUGGCACCAACUUCAAGAUCAAUAUGCAACGAAUCCAUUCUUGUAACAGUCGAAUAGUAAUGCAAUAUAUUUUAGGA